GUUUCGGUGACUUCCGGUAUUUAAAAAAAUAUGACCGGACGGGCGAAGAAGAACAAGACCUAUGUGAAGAAAAUUGAAUGCACACAUAUUCACCCAGCCCAUCAUUGAAAAAAGGGCACCGUAUCUGCAGCUCUUCUUCCGGUGGCUGCUUUUUCAGCUGUACCCAGGACCCCGCCACCAGAAACCCCUGUAGGCAUUACUCCAGGCCUCGCAAUGACUACUGGAGUACUAAAAGCCUCCAUGCUUGGCAGAUUGAGAAUGCCACCAGCUGGCCAUGAUGAAGAUGUUCUGAGUGACCCAGAGAGUAGUCUGUAUGAUUACCAACAGAUGGAGGAACCGGGCCUUCAUCAUGCAGGGUAUUCAUCAGUAGAGUUUGGGAGAACAGCUGGUGGAUCAAGGAAGAGGAUCAGUUACUCUGAUAGAGAUAAGGCUCCUACUCCCCCACCUGGUACCUCUCAACAACAGUUUGAUGCAGAUAACGAAUACCGGGUCCUUGAUCCUGAGGCUGUUAAAAGGGAAGCUGAGUUAAGUGCAUUAUAUGCCACACCCAAUAAAGAUCGUAAAAGACAGUCGCAGACAGUUAAUGGGCAGCCAUCAUUACAACACACAGGACAGAGAGUUAGAGCCGAGAUGAAACGCUACCAUGACAUGGAACAAGAUGAUACUGAUAAUGAAGUUGAAGAUAUCAUACCCAAAGUAACUGUGGAAAGACAGACUACAACACCCCAUAAAACUCCUAGUCAAAAAUCAAGAAGAGAUGAGUCCCCUGUUGUCCAACAGGAAAAGCCAAUAGAAAUCGCAGUGGAGGUCAAACAGUCAUCUCUCAGAGCAGAAUCUCCUGACAGAAGUCACAGAUCUGGUGCUAAUACAGCUCGUAGUGGUGCUAACACAGCUAGGAGUGGUGCUACAACGGCUAGGAGUCAUGAUUCUUUACAACAAAGUCUGGAGGGAGAAAACUAUAUCCUCCGAUCAAAAGCUGAACAACUGGAGUCAGAAGUUAUAUCACUGAAACAUGUGACAUCAGCACUGGAACAUGGAGAUCAUGACACAGCAAUGAAUUUAAUGUUAAAGAAACAGUUACAAGAAAUGAAGGCAGAAAAUGAAACAUUGAAGAACAGCAUACACAGACUGACAGUAGAACUCAGUGCUUAUCAGGCUAAAUUUAGACCACUUUCUGCUGAAGAAAAAACAACAGCUGGUCUGCUGGGAUUACCUAGGGAUGGACCAAUACCAUCUUGGCUGAUUGAUACAAAAUAUCUGUCUCCCUUAUUUAUGGCAUAUGAUGACAGACUGGAAGAAAAAAAUAAAAUUAUACUCAAAUAUCAGGAAGAUUUUGACAGAUUAAGAAGAAAUGCUGAAUCAAUAGUGGAUGAAAAUGAGCAGUUACAACAUGAUCUGGAAGAAACAGCAACAAAGGGACCUGUUGAUAUACAUGAAUGGGAACAAUUGAAAGAAAAUGCAAAAUUAAUACUAGAAGAAAAUCAGAAUUUGCUGGAACAAAUCAACAUCAAAGAUCAAAAGGCUCAUGAUUUACAGCAAGCUCAUAUACGGGAAGUGACCAAAGUUACAAAAGAGCUUGUUAUGAUCAGGGCAGAAAAAUCCGACACAGAUAAAGAAAUUGAAGAAUUACAAAGAAAAUGGAAGGAUACAAAACAGAAACAUGAUGUGUUGAUCAGAGAGGGUGAAGAUAAAACUACAGUGGACCAGUAUAUCAAUAAGAUUGCUGAUCUUAAAAAAGAAAUGUUAGAUAUAGAAGAUCAUCAUAGGAAAGACACGGAAGAACUGAGAAUCAAAUUACAGGCAAUGGAAAAUGAGAGGAAAUCACAGACUAAGACCAUGAUAGAGUUAACAGCAGAAAUCAAAAGACAUCAAGCUGAGAAAAAAGCUAUGCACAGAAGUAUGAGGAAAACACAAAACAAGAUGUUGUAUCUACAAAGAGCUAUAGAACAGUCAGAAACAAAAGAACAGUCAGUUCAGGAUUACUUAGGCAAUAUUAUAAGAGUGGCAGAGAAGGUAGCACAGGAAAGAGAUAAUUAUGCCAAAGUGGCUAAAGAGAAUGAGAUAGAAACAAAGAAAGCUGUUAACAAGUUACUUCAGGAUAAUAUGAUGAAAGCUAAACUGGAAGAAAAGCUCAAGCUUUACAAAAUGAGAGCAGCUGCCAAGAUUAAUACUGUGUCUGGCAGGCUAGCAGAACAAGACCAAACAUUCUUAAGUCAGAAGAAAGAAUAUGAGAGGGAGAUUAAACAUUUACGACAUUUAAUAAAGGACAAAGAAGAUCUGAUGCAUGGAUUUUCAGAUGAAAAAAGAGAUGCAGAAGAUGAACUUGAAGUGAUAUGGCAGGCGGCACAUAAUGAGAAUGAACGAAUGAAAGACGUUUUACACAAAACUGUUAGACAACUACGCCAACAUGAAGCUUUAUCAGAUGCCAUGGAUAGGGCGGAGCCUAAAGAGCUUGUCCAUGUGUCGUCUGAUGAACAAUGAUCUUCAGUUAUCUCCCUUGUCAGUUCUCAGUCCAAAUGAUAUCAGUAGAAAAAUCAAAUUAAGAUUUUAUAUCAUAAAGUCUUUUAAUUCUUGCAGAAUUCAAAAUCAUAAACAGGAAUUUUAAUGUGAACAUCAUGGAACUGGUAUUUCUGUGUUGAAAGGAAAUGUUCUACCAGUUUGAAUUCUCAUGAAGAUUGAAACAGAAAGUGCUAAUAUUUUAAAGGAAGAAAUUCAUAUUAGCUGAUUUUUUACUCAGGAAAUCAUGAGAAAAUUGUUAAGAAAGUAUCAGUCACCUGAAAAAAAAAAUGGCAUACAGAGAUAUGUUUCUUUUUUGUUCUGUAAGAUAAAAACAAAAUAAUGUUUAUUUGUAUCCAUAAGCAUGUGAUGUAGAAUACAAAUACAAAAAUGCAGUAGAUGUAAUCUUGAACAACAAGAGAUGCAACCUUGAACAACAAGAGAUGUAACCUUUGAACAACAAGAGAUGUAAUCUUGAACAACAAGAGAUGCAACCUUGAACAACAAGAGAUGUAACCUUUGAACAACAAGAGAUGUAAUCUUGAACAACAAGAGAUGUAAUCUUGAACAACAAGAGAUUCUUCUGCUCAAAGUUUUCAUUUUAGUUGAUCUUAUGAUGCAUACCUAAUUUACUGAUGUAUAAAGCAUUAGUUUCUCUAAUUGUAAGUCAAUUUUCAUUUUUCAUUUUUUUCAUAUUUUACACAACAAACUUAUGCACACAAUGUCACUUCAUUGUAUAUUAAAUAGGACACUACAUUUCUUCUGCUCUAGGUCAAGAAUUUAAUUCUCUGGAUUAGUGAAAUGUUAUAUCCCACCUGGUACAGUUAUGGAAUCUUAUUUUUAUAAUGUUCACCUAAAAGGAACAUACAAAUACACAAUGCCAAAAUGUUUAUAACUGUUAUUUUAUAUUAUACUUUUAAAAUUUUAUGAACUCCCUUUCUAAGAGGAUCUUUUUCAGGAUGUUUGGAUUUGGCCUUAUUUUUUAAUAGAAUUACAAAUAUACUCGUCUUUGGAUUAUUGUUUAAUUUCUUGCGAUCCGGCACAGAAUGUUCUAUAUUUUAGGGGAGCUUAUGAUUCAGUAUUUAUUUUCUCAGAAUUCAGAUUCACUUACCUCCAACUCUCAUUCUCUUCUACCAGAUCCCCUUUCUUAGAUAUUUUAAAAAGUGCAGUUACUACAUGUUAAACAAACAGUUUUCUAGAUAUACUGAUAUAAGCUACAUAUAUAUACAUGUCAGUCAUGAAAGUGAAAUCUUUUUGACAAACAUUAAAGAAUAUAGCUACAAUACAGCCCAAUUCUGUGCAUCUUGGAGUUAGGUGGAUAUAUAAAAUGUCAAAAUGUUUGUGUUAUUUGAAAAGCUCAAUUAGGACUGAACACCUUUAUAUGUUAUAUUUAUUGAUAUUUUUAUAAUUGUUGUGUCCCUUUCAACUUUUAUUAUAGGCCAGCUAUGUAGCAAAUUUUUGUGGCCAACACUAAUAAUAGCACAAACACACCAACUUUAUAUUCAUGUUUUCUUUUAAAAUUUAGAAGAAAGAUUUUUUGAAAAACAUGCAAUAAAAAAUGGUAUAAAAGAAAAGUUGCUCAUCAUGCACAUCAUAAAUUUCUAUACUUUAAAAUUUCAUUUAUCUUUUUUUAUUUCAAAUGUUACAAUAUUUUUCCAAAUUUAAAUGCAUUUAUCAAUGAUAUAUAUAUAUAUAAAUGAUUAAGAGUUCAUGUUUUAUUAUUGCUUUGUUUGAUAAAAAUUAAUAAAAUGUUAUUUUCAUAUAAUAUUGUGUCUGCCUUAUGCCUGCAUUUAUUUUGUACCAAAUGCAUUUUCAAACUUAUUGUAUAUCAAGCCAGCUUAUCAUGUGAUUAUUUGUUAAACUUAUUUAUGUUAGGCCAAACAGUAGUCAGAAGCAUAUAUAUACAGACUUAUUUUUUGCAUUAAAAACACACUUGUUUGAGAAUAUUUGAUUAUUUAAUAUUAUCAAUCCUGCUUAAAACCCUUUAGAAAACAUGUAAUUUUGCUGAUUUCUCACAUUCAUGGUUCGCUGAACCCAUGAUAUCUAAGAAAAUUAUCAUUAAUUCAGUUAUUAUGAAUAAUAUUGCUAGGUACAUGUAUAUCAGAAUCAUUAAAUGUUUGGAUUAAGAUAAUAUACUUAUGAUGUAAAUAAACUAUAGCAGAUUUGUUUGUUAUGGUGCUGUAAGAAAAGGCAGCAGACAUGUUCAUAUGUAAAGGUAAUUUUGUGGCCAUAUCACAUCUCGCAUAUUUGCUUUAGUGAGUACAUAAAACAUUUGCAACAUUAUGACUGUUUAUAUCCCCCAUAUGAAUUUUGAUCAAAUUUUUGAAACAGCUUCUUUCAAUUAUUUAAAAAAAAAAGAGUAAGUAGUUAAAAUGCCAUUUGGCACCCUAAAAAAUUUGUGAAACCUAAUAAAAAAAACGAAUUGUUUUGAUGUCUAAUAUUGAAGAAAAAAAUAUUUACAUGAUAUUUUAACUUAGCUUUAGACAAUUAGGUGAUCAGUGCCAUAGUAAUUUUAUUAUUUAAAGGACAAUUUAGUUUUCUAAAUUUAUUUGGUCCAAAUAUUUAUAUACCUAAUUAGUACCACAAGCAUAUUGUGUGCUGAGCUAAAGUCUAGUACAUUGAUUUACUGCUUGAUACAUUCAACCUUGAUUAAGAGCACUUAUAAACAUGUUUAAGGGGGCUCGCGAGUCUAAAUCAUUUUUUUUUAUUUAACAUAAGAUUUCGCUAAUUUUUUCAAUAAAUGAACUGUAUCUUAUACCUAAUAGAAAAAAAGAAUAAAAAAGAGGGGUCACUGAUCAUUUACGCCCACUAUCUGCCUUCGAAAGAAGCACACAUUUUUGUAAAGGUACUUUUUUUCUGUUGAACUAAUAGGACAAAAAGGGGUAAUAUCGAAAUAAAAAAAGAAUAUAAUUACACAAAUCGCUCAAAUUUUACAAUUAUUUAGUUUUUGUAUAGCUUAUUUGAAAAAAAUAAUAAAAAAAAUAGGUCACCGAUGAGUAAAAAAAGACAUUUCAAUUUUAAUGCCAAAAAAUAGCAUUUUUGCACCAAAUGGAGAUAAUUUGGAGCAUUUUCGAUGAUAUAAACAUUUUAAAAGUCAUCUGGGGCCAAACCAAAUUGAUUUUUUUGGUUAAGUUUUAGCUCACCGGGCCCGAAGGGCCAAGUGAGCUUUUCUCAUCACUUGGCGUCAGUCGUCUGGCGUUAACUUUUACAAAAAUCUUCUCCUCUGAAACUACUGGGCCAAAUUAAACCAAACUUGGCCACAAUCAUCAUUGAUGUAUCUAGUUUAAAAUUUGUGUUUUUUUUACCCGGCCAACCAACCAAGAUGGCCACCACAGCUAAAAAUAGAACAUAGGGGUAAUAUGCAGUUUUUGGCUUAUAACUCAAAAACCAAAGCAUUAAGAGCAAAUCUGACAUAUGGUUAAAUUGUUUAUCAGGUCAAGAUCUAUCUGCCCUGAAAUUUUUAGAUGAAUCAGACAACCCAUUGUUGGGUUGCUGCCCCUAAAUUGGUAAUUUUAAGGAAAUUUUACUGUUUUUGGUUAUUAUCUUGAAUAUUAUUAUAGAUGGAGAUAAACUGUAAACAGCUAUAUUGUACAGCAAUUUAAGACUAAAAAAUAAGUCAAAAUGACCAAAAUGGUCAAUUGACCCCCUAAGAAGUUAUUGUCCUAUAUAAUCAAUUUUUAACAAUUUUCAUAAAAUUUGUAAAUUUUAACUAACAUUUUCCACUGAAACUACAUGGACAAGUUCAUUAUAGAUAGAGAUAAUUGUAAGCAGCAAGAAUGUUCAGUAAAGUAAGAUGUACAUACACAUCACAAUCACCUAAACACAGUUUUGUCAUGAACUGUAUGCUUCCUUUGUUUAAUUCACAUAUACCAAGGUGAGCGACACAGGCUCUUUAGAGCCUCUAGUUGUAUCAUAUUAUAAGUUAAUAACUAAGAGUGUGAUAAAGAAAAUUUGUUAUAAAAAAACAAAUGUUUAAUUUUUUGCUGAAAUUUUUGUACCUGCGAGCCUCCUUAACAUGAAUCUGUUCAGAGAAGUGUUCUGAGCCAAAGGAUUUUAUGAUGAAUUUUGAUAUCAAUUAGACAUGUCAUGAGUAUAACUUCUAUAGAUUGUGUAUUCUGCUUUAUCAUAAAAUGAAAUCAUGAUUUAGAUGUUUGUAGUACACAUUCAAGAGGGUCUGAUGGGUUAUUUUCGUUCUUUGUGAUUGGCGCAUUUUCACCAUGGUGAUCCGUUUUUCUUCAGAUUUUAAUUUUUUGGGAAUUUUUGUGAUCCUUGAUCAUGGAAAUUUAUUUUCUGUGAAUCGUGAUUGACAAAAUAAUCAACUCAUGAAUCGUAAUGAGACCCCUCCUAUCAGGUCCCCCAUUCAAUUGUUUGAAUUUAAUUUGGAACAUUGUGAUCAAGUUAAGCAAUUGUAAUUUUGAAACAAACAUUUUUUUUGAAAAGUGUAUAAUCUAGACUUAUGAUUAUAUCAGAAAUCAAAUCACACACUUCUACCAUGUGUAAAAUUUAUUGCAUUUUCGAUAUUUCGUGCCUUUUGUAAUGAAUUUUAUGUUGAUUUGGGAGAAGGUUGCCAUUUUAAAUGAUUUGAUAUCUUGUUACAUACAUAAUUGUAUACAUUAAUCCAUGUAAAUGUUAAAAAAAAAUACAUGAUGAGAAUUUUAAAGAAGUUUUUGGGAAAGAGGGUUUGGUUAAAUAUUUCUUUGCUAUCCUUUCGGAAAAUAGCUAGAUUUUUUGUGUUACAUUUCAAAAUUGCAAAAUGUAAAAUGAAAUUCUAGAUUAUCUGCUUGGAAAAUCCAAGAAGAAUUAUCUUGUUGGACUGAUCUCUGCAUGCUUUAUUAAAGUAAAAUCCUACAAAUUUGACUGAAGAAAAAUAUAAGUCUUAUCUAUGGGGAAAUUUAACUAAUAAAAUGUUUCCUUAUUCAAUUACCUCAAUUUUAAUUUAGACAAUACAUUGACUUUUUUUCGAAAAGAGUUUUGUUGUUUCAAUUUAUUCAUGAUUUUAAUAUUUAUUUUCUUGUUAAUUUUAUCACUUCGCACAUAUUCAUCUGUGAUUAUUGUUAUAUUUAUGAAUAUACAUUUAUUUUAAUGUUGUUGCAUGUUAUCAUUUGUCAUGAAAUCACUUUUUAUAGCAAUAAAUAUUUUUUAUUAA